AUGAGCACCCAGAUCCAGCAGAAUUAUUCCGCCCAGAUGGAGGCUGCACUCCAGCGCCUGGUGAACCUGCAUCUGCAGGCCUCCUACACCUACCUCUCUCUUCGCUUCUAUUUUGAAGGAGGCAACGAUGUAGCUCCGAAGGGCAUGGGCCGCUUCUUCCAAGAGUUAGCUGAGGAGAAGCGUGAGGGCGCCCACCGUCUCUUUAAGAUGCGAAACCAGUGGAGCGGCUGCCCCUUCCUUCAGGACUGGCAAGAGCUGUCCCAAGAUGGGUGGCGUGGCAGCGUGGACGCCAUGGAAGCCGCCAUGGCCUUGGAGAAGAACCUGAACCAGGCCCUUUUGGAUCUGCAUGCCCUGGGUGCCGCCAACGGAGAUCCCGGUCUCUGUGACCUCCUCAAAAGCCACUUCCUAGAGGAGGAGAUGAAAGUCAUCAAGAAGAUGGGCGACCACCUCACCAACCUCCGCAGGCUGGCUGGCCCUCAGGCCGGGCUGGGUUGCUACCGAGAAUACUGGUGAUGACAUCAUACACUGACCAUCUCUAUGAAGCCUCUCAAAGAGAAAUUUCUUUCUGGUCUCAGUAUUGCGAAUAACAGUUCUUUGCCUGGGUAAUUGAUUUGUUUUUGUUUUGUGGACACUGCAAAUGAUUAAGUUUCCUUUUCUGACUGCCUGUGAGAAAGCUUAGAGCCAAAUCCGUGGUCCACCCGGUGUCAAUGAUAGGAUUGUAUAAGCAUUUCUACAGAAGCUUCAUUUCUGCCUCUUCUGUCACUAAUUUCUUGAUAUAUUUUAUGGUUUCUUUUAAGCCACCUUAAACCAUUUCUAGAA